AUGUCGCCUCUCCUCCAACACUUUUCCAGCCUCGGACAGACUGAUCGUCACGCCUUCUUCCACUCUCAGAUUGCCCAUUGUGUGAGUGUGCCAAGUCAACAGUCCGGAGCUAGAAGACGACAUGACAACACUGGUUGGGAUGGCAGUACAGGGCACUUUCGUCGAAGUCGUGCUGAAAAAGCACGACUUAGUUGUCAAGGCGAGAUCAAGCCGACUUGA